UCACGGCGGUCGGUCCGAUCAGUAAAGAAGUACAUAGAAAAAUAGAAGAAACGCUCGAAAACGCGCACAAUACGAAUAAGUUAGUUUUUGAAUUUGAAAUUUUUGUAGAAGUGCAGCUUUCCUAAUGACAUUAUGCUGAUAAAUGCAUGAAAAAUCGACGCUAAUGACACCAUAUCUAAUUAUCUGAAAUUUCCCCUUGAAAAAAUACACUACUUAAAGUGUUAAGAGUGUUAAAAGAAAAACCAAAAAUCGAAUAAAAAAAAACAAAAAAAAAAUCUUCAACUGCCAACAAAAUGCAACUAAGCACAACGAAGCGGCAAAGAGAGCGGCACUUGCCGCCCAAAACAAACAGCAGCAUCGCCACCAGCACCAGCACCACCCACGCAUGCAGCGAAAGCAGCAGCAGCAACAACAGCAACAACAACAACACCAGCAGUACAACACAUUAUACUCGACUGCCGUUACUGCUACUGCUGCUGCUCCUAAUGACAACCAGCAGCCAUGGCUAUAACAUUGAUCUGCCCAGCUAUACAAGGCACGUGCGUGAACCGAAUACAAUGUUCGGUUUCAGCAUCGCGUUGCAUAAGGGACGCAGCGGAUAUGCACAAUCGAAUUCUUUAAUUGUUGGCGCUCCUAAAUUCGAUACCUCCACGUACCAACAGGGUGUGGUAGAGGCGGGUGCCGUCUUCAAGUGCGGCAUGAUUGACGGUGACUGCAAUUUGGUGAAAUUUGAUUCUUCAGGAAAUCAUCGCAACACCUAUGGCGACGUUAUCGAACGAAAAUCCUAUCAGUGGCUUGGCGCUACAGUGUCCACCAGUCGUGACAACGAUUUGAUUGUGGCUUGCGCGCCACGUUAUGUCUUCCAUACAAUGACACCAAAUAAAUCAUUGCGUUAUGAUCCAGUCGGUACGUGCUUCACAUCCAGGAAUUUUACGCAUUUCAAUGAAGUCUCGCCAUGUCGCACAAAUAACUGGGGUUACCACCGACAAGGCUCCUGCCAGGCUGGCUUCAGCGCGGCCGCAAGUUCUCGUGGUGAUCGUUUGUACAUCGGUGCUCCAGGCAGUUGGUAUUGGCAAGGACAAGCCUACUCAAUAUCACCAGAUGCAACCUUUCCAUAUAAGCCGCCUUUUUAUCAGCCCUUCGGCACCGGAGGUCAAACUUACUCGUACGACGUCACACGCCCGGAGAAUCAAGUCUACUCCACCGCCGAAAGUAGCUCGCAGGAUGACGACUCUUACUUGGGCUACUCAAUGAUCACUGGUGACUUUGAUGGCGAUCGCGUCGAGGAUAUUGCUAUUGGCAUGCCACGCGGCGCCGGCUUGCUGGGCAAAAUCGUCGUCAAUCACUGGAAUAUGACAAAUAUAUUCAAUUUCACCGGCCAUCAGAUUGGCGAAUAUUUUGGCUAUGCGCUAACCACCGUCGAUGUGGAUGGCAAUGGCUUGGAUGAUUUGAUCAUUGGUGCGCCAAUGUACAGCGAACUUGGCAAUGUGGAGGGCAAAUAUGAUGUCGGUCGUGUGUAUAUACUGCUGCAGAAGGCGACAGGUGAGCGCUGGCCUAUCGAGCACAUCCGCGAUGGUUACAACACCAAAGGACGUUUCGGUUUGGCACUUACCACACUGGGUGACAUCAAUCGUGAUGGUUAUGGCGAUUUUGCCGUGGGUGCACCGUACGACGGUUCCGAAGGUCGUGGCAUCGUUUACAUUUUCCAUGGUUCGCCCAAUGGACCGCUGUUGAAGCCCUCACAGAUCAUCAAGGCAGAAGAUAUUGUGGAGGGCGCGCCAUAUCCACGCACUUUUGGCUUCGCACUUUCUGGCGGUCUCGACAUGGACGGCAAUACGUAUCCCGAUUUAGCUGUGGGCGCUUAUGCAUCCGAUCAAGUGUUCAUUUUCAAAUCACGUCCCGUCGCCGCCGUGAAUGCAAUGACCUCAUUUGUCAAUCAGUCCAAGUUGAUUAGCUUGGAUGAUCGCAGCUGUCAGACGGUGCGCGACGGCAAACGUGUUGCGUGCACUGAAAUUAUGACCUGUUGGAGUUAUACGGGCGAAUAUUUGCCGGGCAGUUUGGAAUUCGAUGUAUCCUGGGUGUUGGAUGCGAAGAAACCGAAGAAGCCACGUAUGUUCUUCCUGCUUGACGAGGGCAAAAAUAUACGCAAUCUGUCGAUUAGUUUGCAAUAUGGCAAGACCUACUGUCGCAACGAAACGGUGUAUCUGGUGGACAAUGUGCAGGACAAGCUGACGCCACUGGAGGUGGAGAUGCGUUACGAUUUGCGUAGCAGGCGACGCAUGGCACCGGUGAUUAGACGCAAGCGUGACGCACUCGAACCGGUCAUCGAUCAGAAUCGGGAGAUCAUUUUGCGUGAUGCGAUCAAUAUACAAAAGAAUUGUGGUCUGGAUAAUAUUUGCAUACCCGAUCUGCAGCUUGAUAUUGUUACUGUCGACAAGUAUUUGCACGGUUCACGUAAACCUUUGGUCGUUGAGGUGACCGUAACGAAUCGUAACGAAGAUGCCUUCGAGUCCGCUUUCUACAUGGAGAUGCCGAAAGAUUUGGACUUUAUUAAGAUUGAGAAUUUGGUCGAAAAAGGCGAUACACCUAUAACCUGUUCGGCGCCAUCGGAAACGAACAACUAUACGCUGAAGUGUGAUCUUGGCAACCCACUGCCGGGACAGAAAUUCGCUAAAUUCAACGUCAUCAUGUUACCGUCACAAAGAUUCGGUAUGUCUCCGAGCUAUCACUUCUACAUGGAAGCUAACUCCACUAAUUCGGAGAUUGAUGGCAAUCGUCGAGACAAUGUUGUAAUUAAGAACGUCGACAUUUGGGUCGAGACAGAUUUGGCUAUCGAAGGCGCUUCUUUACCAGACUUCCAGCUGUACAAAGCUUCCGAUUACUUGGCGGUGGAAAAUGCCACCAAGGAAGAGGACUUGGGCCCGCAAGUUGUACACCUUUACAAUAUACGCAACAAUGGACCCUCAUUUAUCGAAGAAGCCGUCAUACUCAUACACUACCCCAACGAAACUGCGGGCGGUGACCUGCUAAUGUACGUUUUAAACCAGCCAGAGACGCAUGGCAACAUUGUUUGCGAUCCACAUCUUGAAGUCAAUCCACUCAGAUUAAAGUUGGACACAAAUUUGAUGUACAAGUCGUACCUAAGAGAGCGAGGUGUGAUUUUCUCCACCGACACCACCAGCGGCAGCAGUAGCAGUUCCGGUUCAACAAUUUACAGUGGUGUUGAAAAGUCUGAUGGCAGUAGCGCCGCUGGCACAGCUGUGACUAUAGGACGCGGCACCAAAGAACUGACGCUUGAAGAAAAGCGACGCCUGGAGCAGGAGGACGAGCAGGAGGUGCCUGGUGAUGCCUCGGCUACACACAUACAACGCGCCCACGAGGCCGCUGUGUCGAGCUCGCAAGCUAACUAUGGUGGUGGUGCUGGGUUUGGUGAUGGCGCUGGAGGCGCAGGCGCAGGCACUGGUAACAGCUAUCAGUGGUCCUCGUCAUCAUCAUCAGCAGGCGGAAAUGGUGGUGGUCGCGGUCCCAUGGUAAUAGUGCGCACCAAAAAUACUACGACCAGUUAUGAUGCCAGCGGUCGGCCGUAUGUUGUGGAGAGCAGCACGGAAUACUCAACUGAUUUGGAUCGAGCGGGCCAGUAUUACGCGCAACCAUUGAAUCAACACCAGCAACAGCAGCACUCAGCAAAUUAUCAACAAGCCGGCAGUUUCGGUGGCAGUAGCGGCGGUCAUGGCAACUACGAAGGCGCACAGAGCACACGCGGCCAUAUACAAAUGGCCGGUCCAGGUGGUAGUGGCCAGCAAGAGCAAUCGACUUACUCGAAUUAUUUGGGCUCGUCGGGUGGCGCGUAUCGGCCCAACCAGCAACAACAGCAGCAGGAGCAACAGCAGCGUUUACUGCAACAACAGCAGCAGCAAAAGUCAUAUCAGCCAUACGACGCGCGUCGCGGCUCAGUUGCAACUGCCUCCAGCUACAAUACCAACAACAAUUACAACAACUUUGGCGGUGUUGUCGGUGGUGGCAAUUUCGAGAAGUCCGCUACGGGCGGUCAAGGCUUCCAAGCAGGCGUGUUGGAUUUGGGCACAAUCAACCGUGAUAAUGUCGACAACGAGCUGCGCCAACACGACGGACAAUAUGGCGGCAAUAACGGCGCAUCCUAUGGCUACCAGCAGUCCUAUAUGCGUCGCGUACGCUCGCCUGGUGGCACUAAACCCUAUUAUGGCAUGGAAAAUGAAGAUUACUACGACGAGGAAGGUGUGCAGCAACAGGGUGGCCAUCAACAGUCAUCCGCUAGGAGUGCGCACUUUGCGCAGGCACAACAAAGUGGCGGCAACUACCAUCAAUCGUCUGCUUCAUCUUCAUCCAGCAGCUCAAAGAGCUACCACAACGAAGAAGGUAGCCAACAGCAGGCAUCACAUGCCGCAUUCGGAUCGAGCUCGCAGCUACGUGAAGGCGCCACCGGUGCCGAAGCUGAUGAACUCACGCAAAUCGAUUGGGUUUCGCCCUGUAAGGCGGCGAAAUGUCAGACGUUGCGUUGUGUAGCAAAGAAUCUUGCCAAGGACGAUGGCGUCUGGGUGGCCAUACGCAUGCGUACUGUGGCGAAGACAAUGGAGAAAUUGGCUGGUAAUUUGCCCUUGAACGUAUCCACAAUGGCGGCGUCGAAUGUAACACGACUGCCAUAUAUUGGCGAACCAAAAGUGCCGAUUAUAAAGACACAUGAAAUAUUCUACAAAGCGGUGCCGGAACCGAUACCAGUACCCGAUGUGGUGCCGCUGUGGGUGGUGGUGUUGGCAGCGUGUGCAGGUGCACUCAUACUGCUGUUGUUGGUCUAUUUGCUCUAUAAGUGCGGCUUCUUCAAUCGCAAUCGGCCACGCGAUCACUCCAUGGAGCGCCAGCCAUUACGAAAUGGUUACCAUGGCGACGAACAUCUGUGAGCGCGCGCGCUGUACACUCGGUAUGCCGCGAUUACCCACCAUAUCUCAAAACAUACAUACUCAAACAUAUCAAGUUUUGAUGCUUAUGGACCUUUCAGGGCAGGGCAGCCUCGUAUUGAGAUUAAUUUUUUUGUAACUAUGCGUUCAAGUGCGCGUAACACGAGCCGUUGAUAAACGCGUUACGCGAGUAAUACAUAACUUGCGAUGAAAACGACGGUGCUGGAACACUUUUGCAGCUACAAUCCGCGCCUGCGCAGUAACUAACCAAAACGAAGUGGAACGAAAUGAGAAAGUUUGACUUCAAAACUCAA